AUUUCCAAGGUGGCUGUACCAUUUUAAAUUCCCACCAGUGGUGAAUAAAUGUUCCAGGCUCUCUACAACCUCUCCAACAUUUAUUAUUUUGUGAUUUGGGAUUAAUGGCAGCCUUUUUUUGCUGGAGUGACAUGGUAUCUCAUUCUAGUUGUGAUUUACAUUUCUCUAAUGGCAUUUUUUUUUUAAUGGCUAAUGAUUGUGAGCAUUUCCUCAUGUAUCUGUUACCUGCCUGAAUGUCUUCUUCGUUGAAGUGCCUGUUCCUAUCCUUUGCCCAUUUUUAAAAUGGGUUAUUUGUCUUUUUGUUGUUGAGUUUUUGCAUUAUCAUGUAGAUUUUAGAGAUCAGAUGCUGAUCGGAAAUGUUAUAGCUAAAAACUGUUUCCCAGUCUGUCGGUAAUCAGUUCACUCUUCUGGGGAAGACUUUGGAUGAGCAUAAGUGUUUGAUUAUUAGGAGUUAUCUAAUUUUUCUUUGGGUGCUUGUACAUUGUUAGUAAUGUUUUUGUACUGUUUAUGCUAUGUAUUAGGGCUCCUAGUGUUGUCCCUGUUUUUUCUUCCAUGAUUUUUAUCGUUUUAGAUUUCAUAUUUAGGUCUUUGAUCCAUUUUCAGUUAGUUUUUGUGCAUGGUGUGAGGUAUGGAUCUUGUUUCAUUUUUUUGUGGAGGGAUAUCCAGUUAUGCCAGCACCAUUUGUUAAAGAGGCUAUCUUUCCCCCAUUUAACUGACUUUGAGCCUUUAUCAAAUAUCAGCUAAUAAGUGAAUGGAUUUAUGUCUGGAUUCUCAAUUCUGUUCCAUUGGUCUAUGUGUCUGCUGCUGUACCGGUACCAGGCUGUUUUGACUACUAUGGUGGUAUAAUAAGUUCUAAAAUCAGGUAGUGUGAUGCUUCCCACUUUGUUCUUCUUUUUCAGUAAUGCUUUAUUUAUCUGGGGCCUCUUUCCCUUCCAUAUGAAGUUGGUGAUUUGUUUCUCCAUCACAUUAAAAAAUGUCCUUGGAAUUUGGAUUGGAAUUGCAGCAUAUCUAUAGAUCACUUUCAGUAGAGGAGACAUUUUUACAAUGUUCAGUGUUCCUGUCUAUUAUCAAGGUAUGUUUGUCCACUUACAUAAGUCUCUUUUGAUUUCUUGUAGUAGUGUCUUGUAGUUUUGUUUGUAUAGGUCUUUUAUGUCUCUGGUUACAAUAUUAUUCCUAGUAUUUUAUCUUCUUGGGGGCUACUGUAAAUGGCAUUGAUUUGGUGAUUUCUCUCUUUGAUGUUCUUUUUGUUGGUGUAGAGGAAUCCAACUGAUUUUUGUAUGUUUAUCUUGUAUCCUGAUAUUCUGCUGAACUCUUCUAUUAGUUUCAGUAGUUUUCUUGAGGAUUCUUUUGGGUUUUCUCUGUAUAAGAUCAAGUCAUCUGCAAAUAGAAAUACUUUUAUUUCUUCUUUACCAAUCUGGAUGCCCUUUAUUUCUUUAUGUGGCCCAAUUGCUCUGGCUAGGAGCUCCAGCACACUGUUGAAUAAGAGUCGUGAUAAAGGGCAUCCUUGUCUGGUUCCCCAUCUCAAGGGAAUGCUUUCAGAGUCUCUCCAUUUAGGGUGAUGUUGGCUGUUGGCUUUAUAUAAAUGCCCUUUAUUGUGUUGAGGAAUUUUCCUUCUAUUCCUAUUUUCUGAGAGUUUUUCUCAUGAAUGGGUGUUGGACUUUGUCAAAUGCCUUUUCUGCAUCAAUUGAUAAGAUCAUGUGGUUCUUGUCCUUUGUUUUACCUAUAUGGUGGAUUACUUUGAUUGUUCUUCUAAUGUUGAACCAUCCCUGCAUACCUAGUAUGAAUCCCACGUGGUCAUGGUGAAUUAUUUUUUUGAUAUGUUAUUGAAUUCUAUUGGAUAGAAUUUUGUGGAGGUUUUUUGCAUCUAAGUUCAUGAGGAAUAUAGGUCUGUAAUUUUGUGUGUGUGUGUGUGGUGUCUUUACCUGGUUUUGGUAUCAGGGAUAUGCUGGCUUCAUAGAAUGAGUUUGGGAGUAUUCCAUCUUUUUCAAUGCUCUAAAAUACCUUUACUAGUAGUACUGUUAACUCUUCCCUGAAAGUUUGGUAGAACUCACCGGGGAAGCUGUCAGGGCCAGGGCUUUGUUGUUGUUGUUGUUGGGAGAUUUUUAAUUUUUUUAAUUACCUUUUUCAACCUCUCCUUCUGUUAUGGGUUUAUUUAAUUGUUCUACCUCUGUUUCUGUUAGUUUAGGUAGGCAAUGUGUUUCUAGAAAUUCAUCCAUUUCUUCUAGGUUUUCAAAGCUGUUAGAGUAUGAUUUUUCAUACUAAUCUGAUAUGAUUCUUUUAAUUUCAGUUGGGUCUGUUGUGAUGUUGGGUAAUUUGCUUCUUCUCCUUUUUUUCUUCUGUCAGUUUGGCCAAUGUUUUAGCAAUUUUGUUAAUUUUUUCAAAGAACCAGCUUUUGGUCUUGUUAACUCUUUCAACUUUUUUUUCUGUUCUCUAUUUCAUUUAAUUCUGCUCUACUUUUUAUUAUUUAAUUUCUUCUGAUGCCUGAGGGUUUCUUUUGUUGCUCUCUUUCUAUUUGUUCAAGUUGUAGGGAUAAUUCUUUGAUUUUGGCCCUUUCUCCUUUUUGAAUGUGUGCAUGUAUUGCCAUAAAUUGAUCUCUGAGCAUGCUUUACCUGUGUCUCAAAGGUUCUGGUAGGAAGUGUUUUCAUUCUCAUUGGAUACUGUGAAUUUCUUUAUUCCAUCCUUAAUUUCUUCUAUAACCAAGUCGUUUUUAAGCAAGGUAUGCUCAGGUUCUGAGUGGUUGAUUUCAUUUCCCUGCUUUUUUUUUUUGUUUUUGAUUUCUACUUUUAUAGCUUCCUGGUCAGAGAAGAUGCUUUGUAAUAUUUUGAUGUUUUGGAUUCUGUUAAGGUGUGCUUUAUGGCCUAAUAUGUGGUCUCUCCCAGAGAAUGUUCCAUAUGCAUUGGAAAAGAAAGUAUACUUGGCUGCUGUUGGGUGGAGUGUUCUGUAUAUGUAUGUGAAGUCAAGUUGGUUGAUUGUGGCAUUUAGAUCUUCCAUGUCUUUACUGAGCUUCUUUCUGAAUGUUCUGUUCUUCACCAAAGUGAUAUGUCGAAGUCAGCUAAUAUUAUUGUGGAGCUGUGUAUCUCACUUUACAAUGCUGUUAGAGUUUGUUUUAUGUAUCUUGAAGCCCUGUCAUUGGGUGUGUAUAUAUUUAAUAUGGUGAUAUCCUCCUGGUAUGUUGUCUGUUUAAUCAUUAUAUAGUGUCCUUCCUUAUCCUUUUUGGUGAAUUUAACUUUAAAGUCUAUUUUGUCAGAAAUUGAUAUUGCCAUUCUUGCUCUUUUUCGAUUGUUGUUUGCUUGAUAUAUAUUUUUGCCAUCCUUUGGUUUUAGUUUGUUUGUGUCUUUAAGGAGUGUCUCUUGUAGGCAGCAUAUAGAUGGAUCGUGUUUUUUAAUCCAUUCUUUCACUCUCUGUCUCUAUUGGUGCAUUUAGUCUAUUUACAUUCAGCGUAAUUAUGGUAGUUAUGAGUUUUGUGCCAUCAUUUUGAUAUCUUUUUUUGUAUGUUGUCGAGUUUCUUUUUUCUGCUUAAUUUUUUGUACUGAGUAGUUAUUCUUUGUAUAUUGCCUUUUCCUCUUAUUCAUUGUUGAUUUUUUUUUCCCGAGUUGUUAUGUUUUUCUUGUAUUUUAUUUCGAUGUGUAGGAUUGUUAGUCUCCUUUUUGAUUACCUUAAUAUUUGCCAUUAUUUUUCUAAGUUUAAACCUAACUUUUACUUCUUUCUAUCCCCUUGACUAUCUCUCUGUGUGAAAGAUCUAUGACUACAUUUUUCACUCCCUCUUUAUUAUUUUAGUAUUGUCAUCCUUUACAUAAUAACAUCACUGUUUCCCUGUUCUGAGCAUUUUUUUAUCUUGAUUUAUUUUUGUAAUUUCCCUGCCUGGGUUGAUAUCUGGUUGCUCUGUUCUGCAUUCUAGUCUUGGGUUGAUAUCUGAUAUUGUUGAUUUUCUACCAGAAAACCCUCUUUAGUACUUCUUGUAGUUUUUUUUUUUUUUUUUAACAAAUUCCUUAAUCUUCUGUUUAUCUGGAAAUGUCCUAAUUUCACCUUCAUAUUUGAGAGACGGUUUUGCUGGAUAUAAUAUGAUGCUGGCUGGCAAUUUUUUUCCUUCAUCACUUUAUAUAAGUCAUCCCAUUGCCUUCUUCCCUGCAUGGUUUCUCUCAAGUAGGCUGAGCUUAUUCUUAUUGAGUCUCCUUUGUAGGUGACUUUUCAUUUAUUCCUAGCCACUCUUAAAAUUCUCUCUUUGUCUUUGGUUUUGGCAAGUUUCUUUAUAAUAUGUCUGGGUGACUUUCUUUUGAGAUCUACCUUAUGUGGGGUUCAAUGAGCAUUUUGGAUAGAUAUCUGCUGCUCAUCUUUCAUGGUAUCAAGGAAGUUUUCUGCCAACAAAUCUUCAACAAUUCUCUCUGUCUUUUCUGUUAUCCCUCCCUAAUCUGAUACUUCAAUCACUCAUAGGUUAUUUCUCUUGAUAGAGCCCCACAUGAUUCUUAGGGUUUCUUCAUGUUUUUUAAAAAUAAUUUUAUCUGAUUUUUCUUCAAAUAUAUUGGUGCCACGUUAUUUAUCUUCAAUCUCACCAAUUCUGCUUUCCAUUUCCUCAAUACUGUUCCUCUGUCUACUGAGUUGUCUAAUUCUGUAAUUUUAUUGUUAAUCUCCUGAAUUCCUGAUUGCUUUCUUUCUAUGGAUUGUUGCAGCCUAUUAAAUUUUUCUUUAUGUUCUUGAGUAAACUUUUUAGUUUCUUCAGCUACUUUAUCUGUGUGUUCUUUGGCUUGUUCUGCAUUUUGCCUGAUCUCCCUGAUCUCUUGAAAGUUCUGUAUAUUAACCUUUUGUAUUCUACAUCUGGUAAUUCCAGGAAAACACCUUCAUCUGCAAGAUUCCUUGAUUCUUUGUUUUGAGAGAUUGUUGAAGUGAUCAUGGUCUGCUUCUUUAUGUGAUUUGAUAUUGACUGCUGUCUCUGAGCCAUCUAUAAGUUAUUUUAUUUUAUUUUUUUACUUUUGCCAACUGUAUCCUAGCUUUUUGCUUUGUUUUGUUUUGAUAUGCCCAAAUAGGCUGCUUGAGUGAGCUUGCUUGAUCAUUUGCAACUUUCAAGAUUUAACAUCCUGUCACCAGAUGGCUAGGGCUGUUACCAGGUAUAUGAGCCUAGGAGUCCAUUCACUUUUCUUGUAUAGAUUCAGUUCAGGUGUCUAGGUAGUUGGUCAUCAAUUGUAGGUCCUCACGUCCUAUAGUCUUAUAUGGGGAGGGGUGAUUGUUGUAGACACAGGUAUCUGGUUGCAGCAGGGGGUCACACUCUGAACAAAGACGGGGGCUGAGAACCAUCUCCCAAGUAUCUGUGAGGAAAGUGCACCUCUGUUUCUAUAGUGCACAGGUAGGUGGGUUCUGCAGUCAGACCACAGGCACCCUACGCUUUUGUUUGUAAGGACUGGGAGGCACCUGUUAUCCUUGGACCCCUGUUGUGGGUGUCUAGAUGAUGUGGGUGGAGCCACCAGUCCUCAGGCCCCCAACGUAGGUAGGUGAGGACCCUGUUUAAUAGGCAGAGCAGUGUCAAACAUCAAAAACACACCUUUCCACUGCAAGGUGAAACAGUUGAAGUUGGAUACCCAGCACAUACACCAUUGCAACAACAAGGGCCUAAUCUCCUGAAAUGGGCCUACACAGGUCCGUGCAGGGGUGAAAGGUAUUCAAAGUCCGUGGACCAUUUGUGCCUGGAAAGGAGCUUCUUCUGUCCUGAGCUCCCCAGCUUAGCGGAGCUGGCAGAUUCUCUUUUCCCCCAAUUGUUAAUUUAUUCCUUCUCCAAGGCCAGAAGAAUGGCUCAGGCUGCACAGCAACACCUAUCUCAGGUGCAGGGAAAUCUACAGCUACUGAAGCCGUCUUGGGGGCUGAGCGCACAGUAAAACGAAUGCAAGUACUUAGCUUUUGCCAACAGCACUGCUCUUCUCUGGUUCCGGAGUUGUGAGUAGACUAUGAGACUUGCUGUCUCCCCCUGAGGAAACUGCAUCCUGAAUGCUACUGUCAGCCCUGCCACUGUCCCUCCAGGGGACUGUGUCCAAGGGGUGCCCAAGAGACAGAAAGGGCUACAUAAAGCAGAGACUCCAUCAGCCUGAGACCAGAAGAACCAGAUGGUGCCUGGCUACCACCAAUAACUGCACUGAAGGGGAACAUAGCAGAGAAUCCCUGAUGAAGCAGGAGAAAAGUGGGAUGCAGACCUCAAAUUCCAGUAAAAAGACCAGACAUAAUGGUCUGACUGAGAUGGAGGUACCCCAGAGGUCAUGACCCCCAGACUGUCUGUCAAAACUAAACCCAUUCUUGAAACCAACUCUUCAGACAAAGAUUAGACUAUAGGACCUAAAAUGAUACUGGUGAGGAGUGUGAUUCUUAGCUUAAGUAGACACAUGAGACUAUAUGGGCAGCUCCUAUCUGGAGUCAAGGUGAGGAGGGAGAGGAGAACAGGAGCUGGUUGAAUGGACACAGGGAACACAGGUGGAGAGAAGGAGUGUGCUGUCACAUUGUAGUGAGAGCAACUAGGGUCACAUAACAAUGUGUACAUAAGUUUUUGUAUGAGAAACUGACGUGGAUUGUAACUUUUCACUUAAAGCACAAUAAAAAAAAAUAAAAGAAAAUCUAGUAUAUACUCACAAACAACUUUUAUGACCUUCGGGAGAUGAUGCUUUUCUUCUAAACUUAUAUCCUAAGAUUUGCUGAAGCAGUGCAUCAGCUCCCGUUGAGGAGCUGUAUUUCUUCCUUGGGUGUUCUGUGCACAAUAAUGCCAAAGCAAACUGUCCUGAAGUCAGGUAUCAUUACCUGGAUCUUCUGCUCAGAAAUCCAUGAUGAAUUAUCAUUGCCAAUUACUAGCUACACAAAGUUAUUUUAAUUCACAUAUAUGUACAUACAUAUAUAUCUUCAGUUUCUCUGCAAUGCAUUCCUUUCUACCCACUCACCCAAUUUCCAAAGUUCUAGUUAACCAGCCCUUUUACUGGAGUGUCUAUAUGACAUGGUCAUUGUAGCUGCCAUGACUCUCCUCAAGCUUUCCGCAAAGAAGAAGUGCAUUCUGUCACUCUGGUUCCCUGAUGCCUGGCUGACACAAAGAAUUGCACAGUGGCACCUUCUCUUACUCAUUUCUCUUUUUUUGAAUUUAAAACUCAAGUUAUAUGAUGAUUAAGUAAUAGAAAUGUUAUAAAUUUAAAAAGAAAAAGUAUUGAGAGUAUAAAGAGAUUAAGAAUGACAGCAUGAGAUGAGACAGUGAAAGAUUUCAGGCCCUUCCCGCCUCCCUGUCACAGCUGGCAACCCCCAAUAAUCUUCGGUUUCUAUAUAUUUGCUUAUUUCAUAUAAGUAAGAUCAUACAGUAGUUGUCCUUUUAUGACUAACUUUCUUCAAUCAGCAUGAUGUUUUCAAAGCCUAGCAAGAAAGAAUUUUCAAAUUCCAACUAUAGCUAACCUCAGUUUCUGCUAUCAUUCCCAGUUCUCCAUCCUUUCUCCAACUAGUGUACCACCUUUGUCUUUUCUGUUGCUGCCCCAUUCUGCCCUUUGGUAGCUGAGCCCUGCUUCCUGCUCCCUCCUUGGUCUCUGUAUCCCUCUAACACACUGCUGGCAGGUUCCGUCUCUGGAUCUUGUCUCUGGAGCUUUCCCUCCAUCCAACACACAUGACCUAGCUCUAUCUCUUUCUGGAUCCUGAAGUCUACAGUCUUUCCCACAUAUUCACAAACAUACACAGACCUUUAGGUUGACAUAGGCAACCCACCCAGACACACCCAGUUAAGGUGGUUGUGUGCUGUCUGUCUGAGGUUUCUGGCAUCAGGUUCUCAGAUACGGACAUCUCUUUCUGCCUCACGCUGAAGGAGUUCCUAUAAUAAGGACAAGGGCUUCUAUUCCGAGAAAAGCAACUUUAAUCCCCUACUGUAGCUUGGUUAAGAAGGGUACAAGAAAGAGGUAUACACGUAAGAGUCUUAACUAAAUAUACGCAUUCUUCUCUUUAAGUAUAACUUCUCCGUAAAACAGCCUUUCAGUAAAAGAGGUUGAAAAGAGGUGAGCAUUGCUCUCCUUUGAGCGCUUACACCCCAAAUUUACUAAGAAAAAAACCCUCAUAGAAAACUUCUUUCAAUGACAUCACACAUUUAUUAUGAAGUUUCAGGGGAAUGAGGUCAUUUCUAAGUUCCGAAGGAACAAAUUCAUUGGAAUUCAAUAAAUGUGGAAUUAAAGAAAAAUAAUUUCUUAAAAAAUGAACUACCAUAAACAGUGCCACUUUACAAUGGAGACUUUGUCUUCCACAGCAGUGCCCCCAAAGGGUGGUGGGUCUCUGGGGAAGAAGAAAGAAACCAUGGGGUCUGCAGAGGUGGAGGAUGUGGUGAUGUAAAGGCCUCCAGGGGUCCCUAUGACCAAAGCUUUGGGGUCACAGGUGAGGAUAAGGACCCUGAAAGCUCAACUAAAUCUACUAUUCUCAGAGGUCUCUAUCCAAGAGGAAAAUGCCCAAGAAUCAACAACAUCCCAAGCAAAAAGCCCAAGUUCCAGGCGCAGGAAGAUUCCAAAAGCAUCAGAGAGCUCUUUUCCUUCAUCUUCUACCGAGCGGACCUCUCACUCCUCCAGCUACAGGGCUACUUCAGAGAAACAAUGGGUCAGGUGCGCAUAUUUCACCCAGGUGCGCACAGUCAAGGGGGCGGCGGUCGCUUGGCAGACCAAAACCUCCUUUGCCCCCGUGGGCAAGAUGCCCCAGGUCUUUGAGGCCGAGCUCUCUGAGGAGAGCACCAUCGGCUCUGCCCCUAGUCUGGCCAACACUGAGUCCCUGGUCAGCACCCUGGAGCCCUGGCAGGAGGGGACCCAGACCUGUACUUCGGACCCCACCGACCAAGGGGAGAAGCAUGGGGAGAGCCCCCGCGCAGCCACCCCGGAGUGGCUGGUGACCCGUGAGCGCGGCUUCCGCUGCGUGGCCUGCGGCCGCCUGUUCCAGUCCGGGGAGGCCCUGGUUGCGCACGCGGCGCAUGGUGUGAGCCAGAGCUUCAGCUGCCGGGUCUUCUUUCAAGAGCUGCUGGAGAGGCCGCUGCCAGGCUCAGUCCAGGGGAGGCCCCAACGCUGCCACCUGCUGGCCAGGCGUUACCUGAUGGCCUCCAAGAAGAGGGAGGUGAGGGAGAUGAGAGCAGUCUGCAGGCGCCUGUAGGAGCAGCUGGAGAAGCAGAGAGAAGAAUUGAAGAGGCUGAGGCACCAGCUGGACAGGCUGCAGAGGCAGGCCAGGCCGCAGAAGGUGCAGCACCAAGGCCAGAGGGGGAAGGACCUAAAGACCUGCUAGCACCCUGGGACUAGGAGGAGCAGGGCCUUUGGGCUGGAAACGUGGGCCCUUCAGGAGAGACCUCCAUUCAGGUUCGUUUAACCCAGCUCCCCUGGAAGAUCUUAACCUCCUUCCCCUGUGACCACCAGCCUUCCACCCUAAGGGCACAAAGACCUCCAGCCCUAAGGAAGAAGCCCCAGAUAGCUGAACACAGACACCAGGUCCCCUCAGAGGCUCCCCUGGCCCAGGAGAGGACAGGACAGGCCUCAUCUUCAUGGUGAGGUCUUGGGACCCUUAAGGAUGAGCACAGAGUAAGUAGGGAAAGGGGAAUGGGAUUUCAGUGGGACUUGGGAGGCUAAGGGGGACCCUGGUGAGGUGUGAUGGUGAAGGGGGUAUCAGUGAGUUCUUUGGAGGAGAAAGAAUCAGAGAGAUGGCAGGGUGUCAGGAAACCUGCCUGCAGGUGAGCAGUGGGCAUAAAGCCCUAAACCAAGGACUCUGGGUCCCUUCCCAGCAGCAUACAGGCAGAGAAAGAGGUAGGGCUUGGCAGGAGGAGAGGAGGGCCCGGUGAAGGAAAAUGAAUUCACCCCAGCCAUGUCUUCUGGUCUCCUAGGGUGAAUUUGGGGUUCUGAUUAGGAUACAUUGUUGUUGCAUCAUUAGGGGAAUGUAACUGGGAGGUGGUGUAGAAAAAUCCCCCUGGGUGUUAACCAUUUCUGGAUAAGAGUUGAUCCAGUGCUUACAGGGUAUUUCUUGUAGAGUAUGUCCUCGGGUAAGAGGUAGAGCUUUGGAACUUUUUCUUCUCCUUUAAAUAAAGCUGUACAUUCCAGUUCUUGACACGUCAAUAAAUCUCGUUAAUCUACCCCCCCCCCCGUGGUCAAAUCUGUUCUGUCCCGAGGUCAAAGAACUGGAAGAAAAAGGCCGUCUGAGAUGAAAGAAGCAAAAGAGAGGAGAGGGUUCUUAACCUGGGGAGAACAGCGAGAACACAGUUAUAGAGACCAGAAGAGCUCACUGGUUCCAAGAACAAGAAGAAAUGCACUGGAUCUGAUUAUUACUGUCUGUGGUGUGCUCUCCUUCAAGUGAUUCAAAUCUUUUGUCUGUCAUUAUAGAAAAUUUUCACCUAUUUAAAAUAUCUAACGAAACACAUUAAAAUAUACAUGUAUCUAUGAUGUUUAUCAAUUUCCGAAGUUCUGAAAUUGUUUUUUAUUACAUUUUCAAGAUUACAGAUUUGUAUGACAAAAAAGUUACAUCAGGGUCCCACCCUCGUAUGUAAUUUGCUCCCACUCCCACAAGGUAUCCAAUGUUAAUAGACACAUAUGUGUCCUUCCCUACACUUCUCUGCAGGGACACAUAUACACAGUCACAGGUACACAAGUACAUCUGCUGGGAUGUUUGCUUUUAUGGAAACUUGGUCUCACUCUAUCCACAUUGCUCUUGCCCCUUCUUUCACUUGACAUUCUACCUUGAUUCUCUGUAAGUCAUUAGAUAUGGCACUAACACUAUAUUUUUGGGUCUUUAACUUACAUGAAUAAUUUAAAUAGAUGAUAUCAAUUCAGUACACUUUAUCGGGACUUGUACAUGUUGUUGUUAGAAGCUAUCAAGUCAGUUCUGACUCACAGUGACCCUAGGCACCACAGAACAAAACUCGGCCGGUCACUGCAAUCCUAAUAAUCGUUGCUAUAUUUGAGCACACUGUUGCAGCCAUUGUAUCAAUCUCAUUGAGGGUCUUCCUCUUUUUCCCUGGACCUCUGCUUUACUAAGCAUGAUGUCCUCUUCCAGGGACUGGUCCCUCUUGAUAAGAUGUCCAAAGCCAUCCUUACUUCUAAGGAAUAUUCUGGCUUUCUCUGCUCAAGACAGAUUUAUUUGUCCAUACAUAACACCACUAAAAUGGAAACAUUAUCAUCCAUGCUUUCUAAGUCCACUCUUCCUGCAUGUUCUAACUCUCCUCCCCCUGUUCUUUCCCACAAGUGAAUCCAAGGUAAUUCAGGUUAACAAUGUGGUAAGUAGUCUCUCUUAUCCUUCUUAAACAAGCCCACACAGACUUGCAUGUACCCUCGUCUUCUCAUUUAUACACACACAUAAACAUAAACAGAUAUUCAAGCAUAUUCAAACAAUUGAUAUUGUUUAACCCAGAUGUGCUCAUUUUAUAUACAUUUCUCUGCACCUUGAUUGUUUCAGUAAUACUUCCAUAAUACUUCAUAGAGAUUUCUCCCACUCAACUACUACAACUCUUUUUCAUUCUAAUGACUCCCUGUUUUAUUGAGGAUGUAGCUUUACCAUAAGUUAUCUAUCAUUCCACCAUCAAUGGACAGUCAAAGUUUGGUCAUAUUAAUAAUAACUAUCCUUUGUGUACUACAGGAUUUGUUUCUGUGGAAUAGACUCCACAGAGUGAGAUUUCCAAUUCAAAGAAUGUUAAAAGUAAAGAGUCAUGGCCAUAUCUUUCCCCUAGAGGCUGCCAUAAUUCACCUCUCCAGCCACCUCUCAGGGCAUCCUUCUCCCCACAGCCCAGCCAGCUAUAGGUGGUGCUGAUUUUCAAAUUGUGCCAGUUUCACUGGCAGUUUGAUAUUUUCUGAACUUGGACUAUGUUUACUGGGCAUGUGGAUUUACUCUGAAUGAACUGUUUGAAUUCACUGCUCAUUGUUCAAGUGCGUAACUUUUAUCCUUCUGUGUAAAAUGGAAAUUGUUAUUAAGGCUUGUCAUCUCCAUUUCACAUGAUUUCCCAAAUCUAUGAUUUGUGUAUCACAUUUUUGCAAGCUUUGUGCCCCAGAACGAUCACUUGAGUCAGCACCAUUUAUUAAAUAAAUAUAAUUUUCUUGAAAUACGACCUUUGUAAGUUAUUGUGACUUCUUAACAGAUUUUGUUUCAUUGGUCGACUUGUCAGCUUCUAUGCUAUGUAAUAUCAAUUUGUUCUGUUACCCGAAGAGGUAGACACCUGUCACUAUCCUGCUUUUUCAUGUUUUACUUUGGUAAAACCGCCCUGGUUUUGCAGCGAUUAAGUGCUCAACUGCUAGUCCAAAGAAAGUGUGGCAGGUCGAACCCACCAGGUGUCCCCAAGGGAGAAAGACCUGGUGUUCUGCUCCCAUAAUGAUUACAACCUAGAAAACCCUAUGGGGCAGUCAAAUGGGAUGGCUUUGAGUCAAAAAUUGCCUCCAAGUCUCGUAACAACAGGAAUAUUCUUCUUUGUUAUCUAUUCUUUGUUAUCUACUGUAGUAUUUGUAGCAUAUGAUUACUGUAUACAGUUCAAAAACAACUAUCUUAAUAUUCUGGCUAGAAAUGCAUUCCACUUAUAUAUUAGUUUUAAGGACCUCCAUUUAAUCGACAAGACGUUCCAUUUGAAAAUAUGGCAUAUUUUUGCAUAUAUUCAGGUUUCAUUUUAUGUACUUUAAUACACUGUUUUCCCUCAUAGAGGUCCUUUGCUGCUCUGGUUAAAACAAUGUUUUGCUAAAUAUUUUACAGUUUUGGACACAGUGUGGUACAGUCAAGUAGUAGGGGAAAGAGAACGGUCUGCCCUUCCCACCCUUGCCAAUUUUAGACCCUUAUUCUAUACUGGAGAGAAACCAUUGAUUUUGAUGCAUUUGUCUUUUAUGCAGGUAUAUAAUUAUAUCAUCAUUAUUUUAAAUAUCUCUUUUAAUACUUGUACUAGUUAUUUAAAUUUUCUAGUUUAUUCCUUCACCUAAAAACUAUGUUGAGUGAUAGCAAAAUUUUUGUCUAGUUCCAAAUUUAUCGGAAUGGGUUUAAUAUUUUUCCAUUUAUCUCACACCUGAUAAGUUUGGGGAGAAUUUGUUAUGCACCAAGAGAUAACUAAUACUCUGAGCUACUGACCUUUAUGGUAAUCUACACACGACUUGUUUCUGACAGUUAAGUACUUCCACCUGGCCUCUGUUCAGCUGGGAUACCAUGAUUUACAUUGCUACUAGGCUGCCCAGCUCCCACUAAAACCUGAGCCUAUAGAGAAUUGUUCUUGUUAGCUGUCAUCAAGUCCUUUCUGACUCAUGACCACCUCAUGUGGGCAUAGUACAAGUGUUCAAUAGGGUUUUCAAGGCUGUGAUCCUUUAAAAGCAGAUCGUCAGGACUGUCUUCUGAGGUUCUUUUGGUUAGGUUCAAACCUCCAAACUUUCAGCUAGUAUAGAACACUUAACUGUUUGUGGCACCCAGGGACCCCCUGCAAAGGAUACAUAUUGGGUAAGCUCCAUGUUGCUGGUGCUCCCCUCAUCUCCACGUUCCUUAUUCUUUUGAUGAAAUGGGUGUCCUUCAGGACCUCCAAGAAAUGCCCACAUAUUGGAGGCUUUUAUUUCUUCUUCCAACACCCGACACAGUAGGUCUGGCAUUUCAAUUUCAUAGAAUUUGGGCCGUUGCCUUUUCCAACCUUCCAAAAGCAAUCCCACAGCAUAUUAAACCCAUUUCCAGAACCCUUGCUACGGCAAUAAAUCCCUGUCGACAAACUCUCCUUGACCCAACUUUAUAUUAAACUCCCCUUGACUCAGCACCUUCAGCACUCGUCCCUCAGCACACCCCCGUCCUGCUCACACAAGGCAGCCAGAUCUUGCAGCUCCUUCAGUGUACAGUCCCUCCCCCUCAACCACAACCAGCACUUCCCCGGUGGCUAUGCUGGUAUCUGACAGCUAAGUAUCUGGACAAAUGCAUGGGACACUAUCUGAGGAUUCUGCAAGGGAAACUGUUGAAGGUGGAUUGGGGAGGUGGCGGGAAACCGGAACAAAGAGUAUGAACAUUCCAGAGGUUGAAAUUAAAUGAGCCCAAAUCCCAGAGCUGCACAUCCGUUGUGGACAGAAACAGCUCCAAGAGAAGCCCUCUCUCAUAUAAAUGGGAUAGAGGGUCCGUAAAGGAGAGAGACGGGCAGGUGGGCAGGUGGGCAGACACCUGAAACUCUGGCAGAGGAGAAUCCUUCUCUCUGACCAGAGUAUGGAAGAAACAAAUAUUGUAGAGAAAGCUCCAUUACAUUUUCUCUCUCUCUGCUGUUAACUGGCACCUAGUGAAUUCUACCUCAAAGGCUGAGACUUUUCAAAAGCAGAUCACCAGGCUUGUCUUUUGAGGUGCUUCUUGACAGGUUCCAACUACCAGCCUUUUGGCUGGUUGUCCAUCCAGUGCUUUGGCCCCAUAGGUAGAACCAGUCACUUAUGUGUACAACAGAAUGAAGAGAUUAAAGCCCCAGCAUUCCUGCCAGUGGGCCAGGAAAGCACUCCUUCAGAACUCAGACAGCAGCAGAGAAAUAAAGAGAGGAGACUGUGCAAGAAAGAGAUUCUGCAGACUUGCUAUGAACUCCUGGUUCACCCCCCAGAUGCAUCUGCAUUGCCCUGACCCUAAGAAGCAUUAUCAAAUCCUUUACGAGGCGCCCUAUGGGUUAGAACGCCAUCAAGGUUCCAGACUGAGUGGGGCUCACGUAGAUUAGAUCUGAAUACAGCUGCAAAGCCUUCAAAAAUUGAACUUACAUUUGAACCAUAGAAUACAGAAGAUGGGACAGAACUUGGAGCCUGAACAUAACUGGGUCAAUAGACUGCUAAAAACAAAAAACAAAAAAGAAAAAAAUUCUCAUAAAAUUAAGCCAGACUUGUAGUCUUGAAAUCAUAAGACACAGAUUUUAAAAUGCUAUUCUAAUCAUUCUCCAAGAAAUAACACGGACACUUUUUAAAUAAAUGGAAAGAUAAUAGGUGCUAUUUGCAAAGGAAAAUUUUACAUGGUAAAAAUACAUGGUAGAAAUAAAAUUCAUUUGCUAGUUUCAAGAGCAGAAUGGUGAUGACUGAGAAAAAAAGAUGAGUUUAAAAUAUUUACUCUGAAAAGAGAGAAAAAAUAUGGAAAAAAAUGAACAGAGCCUCAAGAAUUAGAGAAAAAGUCUGUUUAUUUAUUAGAACUCCAGAAGAAGUGGAGAAAAUGUGUGCUGUAGGAAAACAUAUUUGAUGAAAUACUGGGCAAACACUUUCCAAAUUUGAUGAAAGACGUAAACUUACAGCUUCAGAAGGUCAGCAAACCCCAACAGGUUAAUCCUAAAGAAUUCUAUGUGAAAAUAUAUUUUUAUGCAAAUAUUGUGUUACGUGUUUUUUGCAAAUCACAUGCUCCCCUCCCCCCAAACCGGCAUAUUUGCAAGUAUGCUGUGCUAGUUUUUUACACCAACAUAUAAAAAAAAUAAAUAAAAUUAGGCACCAUUCUCAUAAGAGUACCCGGGAAGGGGAAGGCUCAGUUGGCAAAGAAUAUCUAUAAUGUAUGCAUUAUUUGCACAAAAAUACAGUACAUCAUAAUCAACUGCAGAAUAACAAAGAUCAACAAAAUACCCAGGAAGAAGCUAGAGAGAAAACAAUAGAUUUCACAUGGGAAAAAUAAUUUCACUGACUCUUUCUUCAUUAUCAGAAAACCACAGAGGCUGAAAUGUUGUGAAAAAACAUUUUUUCAACACUGAAAGAUCAGAAACAUUACCCCAGAUUUCUAUAUCCAAUCCUUACCUUCAGGAGUAAAGAAAAAACAGUGCCAUUCUUAGGGAAGGAAAACUGAGAGAAUUCAUCGCCACCAGACUUCUCCCAAAUGAGACGCUAAUGGAAGUGCUUCAGGAGGUAGACUUGGAAUUUCAGCCGUAUUUCAGGAAAGCAGAAAACAUGGGAAGUAUGUGGGUAAAUAUACUGUGUUAAUACUGUAGUCACUGCACAACAUGGCGCUGGACAUGACUCUUUGGAAAGUUUUUCCAGUCUCUUGGAAACGCUUGGGAACAUACUCUUGACAGAAAAUCAUUACUAGAGAAUAGAAUUAAUUUUCACAAUAUCUGAAAGAUGUCUGUAGUCAAGUCUGGUGAAUAAAAUGGAAACUAAAUUUUGGGACCCAAAAUAAGGUGUGGUAACAAAAAAUGAGUCUCAAUUCCGAUGUGGCCAUGAGCUGGCUCUGAAGGCCGGCCUUCCCCAGACAGGCGUUUCAGGCACAUUGGGAGCAAUGGCUUGUUGUUCUUGUUGCUAGGUGCCAUCGAGUGGAUUUCUGAGUCAUUGAGGCCCAGAGUGAAGGCAAUACUGUCCCAACAGGGUUUCCUGAGUUUUAAUCUUAAUGGGAGAGGAUUGCCAGAUGUUUACUCCUUUGAGCCUUUGGGUGGGUUCAAACCAUUGACCUUUCGGUUAGCAGUCAAGCAUUUAAACUUUGCACCACCAGGGCUCCUUGGAAUAAUGGCAGCACCACAGAAUUUGGUACAAACUUCCCCAUGGGCCUUCCCUGAGAAGUAACCUCUUUGCUGAAGUACCAAGUUUAGUUUUCAUACAUAGUCAUUCUGUACAAAGUCUACAUAAGAAUUAGAGUGUUUCCUUGAAUAGACAACAUUUUACAUGCCCUCCAUGAAGAAAAUGCCUCAAGGGCAAAUUUUAAGAGUAAACCAAGGCAUUUCCCAUCACUCCUUACCUGAGAGGCUCUUCGUGAGGAUUUCCUAAACACAUGGAAAAGAACAUAGUAGACACUGCCUUCUUUUACCUCUUCCCUCCUAAACAAACAGAAACCUUUGCUAAGAUGUCAGGUGUCAAGCC